AACCAGUUUGUUUUAUCCGGUCAAGAUCUCUAAUAAUCAUGCUUAAAUCUAUUUAUAAAACUACAAUACUCUGACAGUCAACUGAAAACCGCAGCCACAGUAGCUUCUUUGUCCGGUCAAGAUCGCCGGCUCAUCCAGCCACACACGCAUAAAUAAUAGAGGCAUACGAACCAUGGAGCGCCAGCGACGGGAGCCGGCGCCGGAGACGGAGGUGACCCUGAGGGAGUUCACCGAGGCCGACGCGGAGGCGCUCUUCGCGUGGGCGUCGGACCCGCGGGUGGUCCUCUUCCAGCGCCGCGAGGCCUACGCGCGCGUCGACGAGGCCCGCCGCUACAUCCUCGACCACGUCCUCCCGCACCCGUGGUACCGCGCCAUCUGCCUCGGCACCGGCGAGGACGCCGUGGCGGUGGGCUCCAUCUCCGUCAAGCCAUGCCGCCCCUCGGCAAUGGCGGGGGAGGAGGAGGAGGAGCGCGCGCCGAGGGCGUCCCUGGGCUACCGCGUCGCGCACGGCCACUGGGGCCGCGGCAUCGCGACGCGCGCGGUGGUGAUGGCCGCGGCGGCGGCGUUCGCGGAGUGGCCGUGGCUGCUGCGGCUGGAGGCGGUGGCCGACGUGGAGAACCCGGCGUCGCAGCGCGUGCUGGAGAAGGCCGGGUUCGUCAGGGAGGGCGUGCUCCGGCGCUACGUCGUCCUCAAGGGCACGCCCAGGGACAUGGUCAUGUUCAGCCUCGUCGCCGCCUCGGACUCGCCAGAGGGCCAUGCCCAUGAGCUCUAGCUCGAAUGCUGUAGAAGGAACUCGUAGCCUUGUAUCUUUAUUUUUUACUCCUUGUUCCUUUUAUUUGUACUAUUUGUUUCAAAUUAAUAUAUGGCUGCAUGCAUUUAUUGAUCCA